ACGGCAGCGCGCGCAAUGGAAAACACUUUGAACCAGGAAGUACAGGAGUUAAAAAUGGCUGCGAAAGACAUUUUCGAGAGUUUAACCGAGGAGGUAGUUUGUCCCAUCUGCCUGGAUUUCUUCACCGAUCCGGUGACAUUGGAGUGUGGGCACAACUUCUGCCGCUCCUGCAUCACACGGAGUUGGGACAGGGAGGUGAGAAACUCCUGCCCGGAAUGUAGAGAGCAGUUUGUGGACCGCACCCUCAGGGUGAAUCGGGCCUUGGCGAGACUGUCUGAGAAAGCACGAACAUUGAGCCUGUGUCGGACAGAGAAGGAAAGUAAACAUCACUGCGAGAAGCAUCUGGAAGAACUGAAGCUUUUUUGUGAAACAGACAAGAAAGUGAUUUGUCUGAUCUGUCGAGAUGCGCGGGAACACAAGUCUCACAGCUUCAUACCGAUAGAAGAAGCUGUUGAAAUCUACAAGGAACAGGUGAAAUCUUCCUUUGAAUCUCUGACAAAAAAGAAAUCAGAGAUCGAGCAAAUGGAGCAGCAACAGAAAGAGAAGAUUUCUGUUGUUUUGGAAGAGUCACACAACCUUCAGUCACAGAUCACAUCCCAGUUUUCUGAACUGCACCAGAUUUUCACUGAGAAAGAGCGGCGUGUACUCGCAGAUAUCCGGGAAGAAGAGAUGAAAAUUCGGAACGCAAUGGAGAAAAGGCUUGAAGAGAUUCAAGCGAAUUUAAAUUCCAUCCAAAAGGAACUCUCAACGUUGCAGGAACAGAUAGGUCAAAAAGACAACAGGAUAUUUCUGAAGGAGGCAACUGGUCGGAGAAGGAGGGUUAGUGAUGAAAUUAAUUCAUUGUCAAUGACAGAUGGUGCCUUGCCAAUUGAAAACUUUCAUCACCACUUUGUGUUGAACACACUGUGGAGAGAAACCUGUGCCAUUCAGCGAGUCUCCGUCACCCUGGAUGUGGAAACAGCGCAUGCGCGGCUCGAGGUGUCUGUGGAUCGGAAGAGGGUGAGAUGGACCCGGACCAAGAGGGGUCUCCCUGACACCAGGAACAGGUUUACAGAUUGGCCGUGUGUGCUGGGAUCGGAGGGAUUCACAUCGGGGAGACAUUACUGGGAGGUGGAGGUGGAGGGCAGUCGGUACUGGUGUCUGGGAGUCGCCGCAGAGUCUGUGGAGAGGAAGGGACCGGUCCCACUGACCCCGGAGACUGGAGUCUGGAGGAUUAGGCGGUUUGAUGACGAGUUUGAUGCAUUCACCUCCCCUCUAUCCCGUCUCCCCGCCCGUCCCAUCCCCGGGAGGGUGGGAGUUUAUUUCAGUUACGAGUCCGGGACAAUUUCAUUUUACGACGCGGACACCAAGUCCCAUCUCCACACAUUCACUGGGAAUAAAUUCACGGAGAAACUUUAUCCUUUCUUCGGGCCUUGGGAUAAAAACCGGUGGCUGAGAAUCUGCUCCGGUUCCGUGUAAAAGGGUGGGGUCCCGGGACCAGCGUCAGGAGCGGGGCUCAGGGGCUGUGGGGCAGAAACCCGGUGGACAGCAGGUCGGCGCUGAACGGCUCCCAUUUAAUCCCCAAAUUCCACAUCGUGAAACCCCAGUGGGCGCGGAAAUAAAAUCAGGGGGAAUGUAAAUGUGGGAAAUAAACAGCAACUGAAAUCAGAGCUGUCUGGCUGUAGAUCCAUUCAUUUUAACGCAUUAACCGCAUCCGGCAAUGGAACAGAAAUUACUUUUGUGGAAAUAUAAAUAUUGAAACAAUCGCCCUUCCCGCGGGUUCAGUAGCAGCUGCGGGCAGCGGGUCCUGAGCUCCGGGCUCCCCCGGGUCCUAAAGUCCGCCAACUUUAAGUGUCGGGUCCUAAAGCCCGCUGACUCUUGUCCCUUCCCACCCAAACCACCCCCACCCCUGCUACUUUCCCUUGCAACCGCAGGAAAUGCUACACUUGUCGCUUUACCUCCCCCUCAACUCCAUCCAAGGUCACAAGCAGUCUCUCCAGGUGAGACAGAGGUUCACCUGCACCUCCUCUAACCUCAUCUAUUGCAUCCGCUGUUCCAGGUGCCAACUACUCUACAUCGGUGAGACCAAGCGUAGGCUUGGCGAUCGCAUCGCCCUACACCUCCGGUCAGUUCACAAUAACCAACCUGAUCUUCCCGUGUCUCAGCACUUCAACUCCCCCUCCCAUAUCCAAUCCGACCUUUCUGUCCUGGGCCUCCUCCAUGGCCAGCGUGAGGCCCACCACAAAUUGGAGGAGCAGCACCUCAUAUUUUGUUUGGGUAGUUGGGUAGUGGCAUGAACAUUGGCUUCUCCAAUAUCAGGUAGUCCUUGCCUUCUCCCUCUUUCCCAGCCCUCCCACAGCCUACUGUCUCAGCCUCUUCCUUUCUCUUUCCCGUCCCACCGUCUCGCCCACACGCAUCAGUCUGAAGAAGGGUCUCGACCAGAAAAGUCACCUAUUCCUUCUCUCCACAGAUGCUGCUUCACCCGCUGAGUUUCUCCAGCAUUUUUGUCUACCUGAGAAUUUAAAGUGUGUUUGCAGCAUUUGCUCUCCACACAACAGAUCCAUUUUUCUGGAACAGAUCUUUGGAAGAAUGGGUUCAAACUCAAGGAGGCAGGGAAUUGGUGUAAACUUUGCUUUGACAGCCAAUGAGUGGGUGCUUCGAGCUGCCCACGACAUUAACAUCAUUUAAUGAUUUAAAGGGCUGUUGUAAUACAACAGACGGUGCAAAGCAAGGCCGGAUUUACGUAUAAGCUUCAUAAGCUUAAACUUAUGCUUUGUUAGCAGUCUUGUUAGUUAGCAGUCUUGUUGUGCGUGGCCCCUUGGGCAAGAGUGACCAUAAUAUGGUUGAGUUCUUCAUUACGAUGGAGAAUGACAUCGUUAAUUCAGAAACAAGGGUCCUGAACUUAAAGAAAGGUAACUUUGAGGUUAUGAGAUGUGAAUUGGCCAAGAUAGACUGGCAAUUGAUUCUUAAUGGGUUGACGUUGGAUAUGCAAUGGAAGGCAUUUAAAGACUGCAUGGAUGAACUACAACAGUUGUUCAUCCCAGUUUGGCAAAAAAAUAAAUCAGGGAAGGUAGUGCAUCUGUGGAUAACAAGGGAAAUCAGGGAUAGUAUCAAAACAAAAGAUGAAGCGUACAAAUUAGCCAGAAAAAGCAGCGUACCAGAGGACUGGGAGAAAUUCAGAGAGCAGCAGUGGAGGACAAAGGGCUUAAUUAGGAAAGGGAAAAUAGAUUAUGAAAGAAAACUGGCAGGGAACAUAAAAACUGACUGCAAAAGCUUUUAUAGAUAUGUGAAGAGAAAAAGAUUAGUUAAAACAAAUGUAGGUUCCUUGCAGUCAGAAACGGGUGAAUUGAUCAUAGGGAACAAGGACAUGGCAGACCAAUUGAAUAACUACUUUGGUUCUGUCUUCACUAAGGAAGACAUAAAAAAUCUGCCAGAAAUAGCAGGGGUCAAAUGAGAUGGAGGAACUGAGUGAAAUCCAGGUUAGCCGGGAAGUGGUGUUAGGUAAAUUGAAUGGAUUAAAGGCUGAUAAAUCCCCAGGGCCAGAUAGGCUGCAUCCCAGAGUAUUUAAGGAAGUAGUCCCAGAAAUAGUGGAUGCAUUAGUGAUAAUUUUUCAAAACUCUUUAGAUUCUGGAGUAUUUCCUGAGGAUUGGAGGGUAGCUAAUGUAGCACCACUUCUUAAAAAGGAAGGGAGAGAGAAAACGGGGAAUUACAGACCAGUUAGUCUAACGUCGGUAGUGGGGAAACUGCUGGAAUCAGUCAUUAAAGAUGGGAUAGCAGCACAUUUGGAAAGUGGUGAAAUCAUUGGACAAAGUCAGCAUGGGUUUAUGAAAGGUAAAUCAUGUCUGACGAAUCUUAUAGAAUUUUUCGAGGAUGUAACUAGUAGAGUGGAUAAGGGAGAACCAGUGGAUGUGUUGUAUCUGGACUUUCAGAAUGCUUUCGACAAGGUCCCACAUAAGAGAUUAGUAUACAAACUUAAAGCACUCGGUAUUGGGGGUUCAGUAUUGAUGUGGAUAGAGAACUGGUUGGCAGACAGGAAGCAAAGUGUAGGAGUAAACGGGUCCUUUUCACUGGCAGGCAGUGACUAGUGGGGUGCUGCAAUGCUCAGUGCUGGGACCCCAGCUAUUUACGAUAUAUAUUAAUGAUUUGGACGAGGGAAUUGAAUGCAACAUCUCCAAGUUUGCGGAUGAUACGAAGCUGGGGGGCAGUGUUAGCUGUGAGGAGGAUGCUAGGAGGCUGCAAGGUGACUUGGAUAGGCUGGGUGAGUGGGCAAAUGCAUGGCAGAUGCAAUAUAAUGUGGAUAAAUGUGAGGUUAUCCACUUUGGUGGCAAAAACAGGAAAGUAGAUUAUUAUCUGAAUGGUGGCCGAUUAGGAACAGGGGAGAUGCAACGAGACCUGGGUGUCAUGGUACACCAGUCAUUAAAAGUAGGCAUGCAGGUGCAGCAGGCAGUGAAGAAGGCGAAUGGUAUGUUAGCAUUCAUAGCAAAAGGAUUUGAGUAUAGGAGCAGGGAGGUUCUACUGCAGUUAUACAUGGUCUUGGUGAGACCACACCUGGAGUAUUGCGUACAGUUUUGGUCUCCUAAUCUGAGGAAAGACAUUCUUGUCAAAGAGGGAGUACAGAGAAGGUUCACCAGACUGAUUCCUGGGAUGUCAGGACUUUCAUAUGAAUAAAGACUGGAUAGACUCGGCUUGUACUCGCUAGAAUUUAGAAGAUUGAGGGGGGAUCUUAUAGAAACUUACAAAAUUCUUAAGGGGUUGGACUGGCUUGAUGCAGGAAGAUUGUUCCCGAUGUUGGGGAAGUCCAGAACAAGGGGUCAAAGUUUAAGGAUAAGGGGGAAAUCUUUUAGGACCGAGAUGAGGAAAACCUUUUUCACACAGAGAGUGAUGAAUCUCUGGAAUUCUCUGCCGCAGAGGUAGUUGAGGCCAGUUCAUUGGCUAUAUUUAAGAGGGAGGUAGAUGUGACCCUUGUGGCUAAAGGGAUCAGGGGGUAUGGAGAGAAGGCAGCAACGGGAUACUGAAUUGGAUGAUCAGCCAUGAUCAUAUUGAAUGGCCGAUCAGGCUAGAAGGGCCGAAUGGCCUACUACUGCACCU